AUGAUAAUUGUUGGUGAUAGUAAUAUCGACUUGUGUAGUUCUUCAAAUAUAGGAGAAAAAUAUCAGGCAGUUUUACUCGCAUUCAAUCUCACCCAGCAUGUCACAGCACCAACUCGUAAAGGAAAAUGUCUCGUUGAUCAUAUCACAACAAAUAUUCCACACAAUGUUAUAGCUACGGGUGUUUUAGCUACACCGGAAAUUAGUGAUCACAAUAUGCCGUAUCUUAUUGUAAACGCGAGAUUAAACAGAUUCGAACCAAGAUUUAAAUAUAUUCGCUCGGAGAGAUUAUUUAGCCCAGAAGCAUUUCUACAAGAUAUUAGUGAACUGCCAUUUUCAACCGUGUAUGCUGUUGACGAUAUAGAUGAGAUAAUCGAUAUAUUUAAUGAAUUACUACGUAGCUGUAUUGAUCGACACGCCUCUAUAGUGCGUUGUAAGUUAACCCGUCCUCCCGCUCCUUGGCUUCAAGAUGUCGACAUCCAAAAUCUGCAAAAACGUCGGGAUGCUCUGAGGUUUAUUGCCCAUCAAACGCAGUUAGAGUCAGACUGA